AUGGCCAGGUUGCGGGAAAUUUUAGAUGCGCAUGAUAUAAGUUAUAAUGGUAAAGAAAGGAAAGCAGGUCUCGUAGAAAUAUUUAAUACGCAAAUUCGGCCGCUUAUACCAUCUUUACGAGAAAAAGAAAUGAAAAAUCAGUCGUUGAAGGAAAACAAAGCUACAUCUUCUGGAGCAUCUUCACAU